AUGUCGUUUAUCUUACCGGAUGCUUUAUCACCGCAAACUUUGCAAGCUACAAAUGUUUUUGGACCAGUCGAAGAGCUUGAUGAGUUUGAGUCGGCAGCUGAUGAUGCAGUGUUAGCGUUUGUUGAUGAUGUCGUUACACAGGAUAAGAUUAAUGUAUUUGUGCAGAUGUUGAACUGCAUUGGAUUUACAAAGUUACAUAAAAAACCAAAGAAGCUUAACUUCCUCCAAUGA